UUCAAAGGACCGACGAGAAGGGGAAAUGCUUGCUGUUAUAAUAUCACCAGCGCUAUUAGUGUCCUGAAUUGAGAGAUUUUUGGACCCGACUGGUACAUUGAGGAAGUUCUUCUGGAAGCUGUGGUCCCACUGCUCCAUUUACUGGAGACAUGAUAAUGCUCGACCGCAAUAAGCUCGAGUUGCCACCCAUUACUUGGAGAAUGUAAGGGUUAGUACAAUGAAUUGGCCUGCGUCAAUCUUAUAGACCAAUUAUGGGACAUCACAAAGAGAAUGGUUAGACAUCGUUCGCCGCCUCUAACAAGCACUGGACAGCUUCAAACCGAUCUUGAAGAAUGGUAUCCUGUUGUCAAGGCCUUCGGCAAAGCCAGAGGAGGUCAUACACGGUAUUAAGAGCAACAACAGGAUAUCAGGAAAAAGGAAAUUAUGAUAUUCUCUUUAUAGCAAUUGUGCUUACAUCUGCAACCAUAGCAAGACUAUUAUUUGGCACUGCUAUUCCAAUUCUUUAUACGCCAUUUAUACUGCUGUUUGGUUUUAUAUGUGGAAUAGCAUUAAGAUGGAUUUCCUUACUUAGUUAUUUCUCCGGAAUAGCAACUGUGCCUUAUUCGCUUAUCAUCGGCAUAUUUGGACCAAUAACUCUCUUUCACUCAGCUUAUGGAAUUGACUAUCACUCUUUGGGUCGUAAUAUAGGACAUAUUUUGUUGCUCGCAAUACCAGGAACAAUUUUGCAUUGUACCAUUGUUACAUUCCUUGCAUAUCCUAUUUUGUGGGCUGGAAACAAAUGGAGUUUUGAAGCAGUAUUCGGAUUCAGUGUAGUCUUGGCUCCUUUGCAAGCAGAAUCAACCAUUGCUCACUUAGGCGGAGCUCAAGGACAAGUGAGGCCACUUCAGUUACUUCUACAAGGCGAACAAUUGAUUACAUUAUCUAUUUCUCUGUUUAUUCACGCAUUUCUCAUGAAGCUGGAAGAAAUUGGCUCGAGAAAUGCCGGUUUUGUACUAGCUCUUUUCGCAUGGCAGCUACUUGGAGCGAUCAUGGGAAUUGUUUUAGGAAUAGUUAUUCGAUAUCCUUACAAAUUUGCCUAUAAUGAUAAUAUAACACAAGUGACUCUUGCCAUUGGAAUGUUAUACUUCGCUUAUUACAUAGCUGACAUCAUUGGUGUAAGUGGUGUACUUGCUGUUGUACUUUUUGGUAUCUUGUUAAGCUCAACUAAAAUAAAAAUUAGCCCUGAGACUGAAGUAUAUACAAACAACUUUUGGGAGUAUAUUUCAUUUUUGACAAAAACCCUUAUAUUUGUUAUGGCUGGCAUUCGCCUAGGUUAUGACAACCACUAUCCUCAAGUAACUGACAUUGGAUAUGUUAUUCUACUGUAUAUACUAUGUCUUGUAGCCAGGAUUAUGAUUUACUUACUUGCAAGCCCUGUGCUAAGGAAAUCUGGUCCGCAAUUAUCAUGGAGAAGUAUAGUCAUUUCAGUUUGGGGCAUUUAUAGAGGGUCGCCCUCUCUGUUGCUUGCAGUAUUGUAUUCAGCUCAUUAUCAAAAUGAAUUUGGCUACAGGGUGCUUUCAUAUUCCACACUAAUUGUUAUAUUGUCACUGUUAUUAAACUCAUUUCUCAUGCGAUUUUUACUUAGUGUGCUAGGCUUGUAUGAUUUAUCGAGAACAAAACGUGUAAAUAUGAACAUGGCAGUAGCACAAAUCAAUGCCUGCAGAGAAAAAGCAAUGUUUUCCCUAAAACUGGAUAGAAUUAUCGCAGAUGCUAAUUGGCUAGUUGUUGAAAGUAUAACUAGAAUUGGACAUCCAUAUCGAAAGAAAAUGAAAGGACAUGGUACAUAUGAUGAUGAUAUAGGAAAUGACUUUCAAAUUCGUUUGCUCAGUUGUCCAGAUUGUGGAGGCCACACUUUGUGCCCACCGUCCUUGAAAGAAAUUGAUGAUAUGACUUUAGAAGCAAAACAUCGCAUUUUAAAGGCUCAAUUGGUCUCAUACUGGCGUCAAUAUGAUCUGGGAAUUCUAUCAAGAAGGGGCAUUAGAAUACUGACUAAUUUAAUUGAUGGUGCUGUUACAAAAGAAGAUCCAAUGCUGAGAGCAGUGGAUUUAAAAAUUCAAACAGAAGGAUCAAAAAUAUUGAAAAACAUGAAGUCAUGCUUUGGACAUUUGCUAACAGUUACAUCAAAACAACAUCGAUUUAUUCCAACCAAUAUCAUCCGAGCAAUGUGCUUUCGCUUAUGUACUUCAAGAACUUUUCAGAUAAUUAUGGCUUCACUUGCAAUGUUUGAUUUAGCCAUUCUAUUACAUUUGACAAUGUUGUAUUAUUUUCAAAACCAAUUUGGAGAUCAUGAUGCUUUUGCCUUCUAUGCCCAAAUACUUGAUUUUAUGUUUUUUAGCAUAUUUCUGUUAGAAUUUUGGAUCCAGGUUUUAGGUAUUGGUUUUGUUCAGUACUUCCGGAGUCAUGUGAAUAAAGUAGAAUUUGCUGUUGGCAUAUUAAUAAGAGGAAGUGAAAUUACAAUGUGUGUAGACACUUCCAUUGAUAUGAAACAAGUGCUAAAUGUUCUCAAAUCAUACGAUAUUAUACUAUUUCUGAAAACCUUACUCCUCUUACGUGCUGCACGCUUGUAUAUUUUUUGGACGGCAUUGAUCCCUAAGCUACUAAAUGUUAUUGACAGACAAAUGGAUGAUAGUCUGAUGAAAAGCUAUGACAUUGGAAAGGCAUUUCUUGUUGGACAAGAAAGAGUCAUGAAAUUUCUUGCGCAUGUUGUCUGCAAUGAAACAGUUUACAACAACUUAAGAAGAGUACUAGAGGCAGACAGAUUAAAAGUUACAAAAGACCUUGGAUUAAUCCAGAAAGAUCGUCCUGCAAUUGCAAUUACCAUGAAAACUCGACAUGCAAUUCGCCAUAUAAUAAAUAUUAUGUCAGACUGUUUAAAUGAUCUAAAAGAAGAAGGAAUUUUGGAUGCAAUAGAGAACAAAGUAUUGGUAUCCUCACUGGACCUCAUAAGGAAAAAAUUAAGAGACAUUUCAGUUGUGAAUCCAUGUCCGCCAGACUUCAUUUUGAGAGAAAUACCUUGGCUUCAUGGUGAUCAUGACACUUCAGAUUUCCUUCUGCAUCAUUCAAGGCUUUCAAGUUAUGAUACUGGAGAUGUUAUAAUAAAAUAUGGAGAUGACCCGGUUGGAUUGUAUGUUUUGGUAUCUGGCUUAGUUAAAAGUUAUUACCGGCCAUCAUCUAACAUAAUUGAGCAAACGAAUAAAUAUGGAAUUCUUCCUAACUGUGAUUUUUUCACUAAUUUAAAAUUUGAUUUGCCACAAGAAGACUAUGUUGUAUCUGGAAAUUUGGUUGGUGAAACUGGUAUGGUCACUGGGAGAAGAUAUGAUAUGGACGUGCUUUGUGAAACUGCAGUUCAAGUGUAUUAUAUACCCUGGAAAAUAAUGAAAGCAGUUCUACAUGACUCUGAAGAUUCGGGUCUCAUGCAAUCAAAAGUGUGGAAAUCUAUUGGAAUAAAGAUCGCUGUAAUUUUGUUACAAUAUUCCACACAUUUUCAGGGUUGGCUACGAGAAAAAUUAUUGCUAUAUUUACAAAGGUCUGUUGUUCCAAUGUUGUCAGGAGUAACGACAAUAAAUAUAACUGAUAAAGUAGACGAUGUCAUAUUAGUUGAAGGUGUAAUAAUGGAUGGCAUUACAAGAGCAGUCUUUUUUGGACCAUUUUAUGUUCCAAGAUCUGUUCACAAGAUAAUUCUGCCAGAUCACAGCACUUGGAAAUAUGACACAACUUAUGAAACUCGCCUAUUAAUUAUUCCAAAUGUGCAUGCCGAUCAGAAUGAUAUAUUAGGUCCUGAAGGAAUUUUCAAAGAUCAUUACCGUUCGCACCCACCUUUACAGACCAUGGAAAUUCUUUCUGAUGCCUCUGUAGUAGAUUCCACUACCAAACUAUGUCCUCACGGGCAAAAUAGCGGAUGGAAAUUGGAUUCAGCGAGCAGUCAACGAUUUUUCCAAAAACGAGCUGGUAUCCAUAAAAAAGUUGGGUUCAUAGAUUAUAUGCCGAACAUUAAAGGAAUUGAUUCUACAAUGCCAACUACAUCUUAUGCUUUACCAUCAGAAAAAAAGACUCAAAUCAAGGAAACAAUACAUGUUCGGAGAAAUCAAGAUUCAACUAUCACCUAUAUUAAAGAUAUUGACGAACAGAGUGAGGGCGAAUCUGUAAAAGAUGAUAUGCAACCGACUGUGAAAUCAAAACAUACACCCCAUUUGCAACUAAAAAAACGCAGAAGAAGAACAGAACAGGUGUAUGAUUACGAUAUAGUCAGUGACAGUAGCUUUGAAGAGGAUAUGGUGCUGAAAAAGUCAAAGAUGAAAGGCAUCAGAUCAAAAAUAUGUGACAAGAUAAAGUCAAAAAUACCUAAUAGAGCAAGAAAAAUAUUCAGAACAAAGGAAGAGAAAACUAGUUUAACCGAUGAAUACAAAAGAACUUGUUCAUCAAAAGACAAAGUAUGUUCUGUAGAAGUUCCAAGGAAGAAGAAAACUGCAAUUAAAAAAGCUGAUCAUUUGGCUUCUGAUGAUAAUUUGGAUGAUUCUAUAAAUUCAAAAGAGUCCUAUGUUAAAGUGAAAACAUUUGAGGUUGAGGAAUCUCUAGUUACUUUAAUACGUAUAAAAGGAGAAUCGAAACAUGUGCAGACUGAUUUGCAAGCUAAAGAUGUAAAGCACCUAGUUGACGAAACAGGCUAUCCUGAACAAAAGAUUAUUGGUAUUGAUCAUGAUCGCCAUGAUAGUACUUCUUUAUAUAAGCAGUUGCAGCACAAGACAGAAAAGGACAUAAAGAUGGGAAAACACGUCUCCCCAAACUUCAUAGUUUCCACCCAUAAGAUGGAUCAUUCUGCGGCCAAACAAUUUACCACCAAUCCAUAUCCUGUUGAUGUUGAAGACAAUGAAGAAACAUCAAGUAAUGAUAGUACACCCGACACCUCUCCAUUGUCUGGAGCUUCAAUAAAAAAGCACAAUCUAAAUAAAAACACUUCCACAGAUUCCUUAUCAAAAAGUGAAGGUUCAGAUUUAGAGCUUAAAUCUGUUCCAUCUGGGCGAGGCAAGAAGCAAUCAAAAGAGAAUUGAAUUUAAAAAAAAUGGAGUACAAAUAAAAUUUUAAUUAAUAAAAAAUAACAUCUAGUUUAUUUAAAUAGUUUAGUCAACAAUGAUUAUGAAAAAUUUUGUCUACAUUACAACCCUAUUGUUGAAUGAAAUCAAAACCAAAAGUUUGUUUCGCCAUUUAGUGUUCCUUUUGACAUAUAAAUACUUAUGUCCAGUUUAAAACAUUUUAAAAUAUUGAAGAACCAAUGAAAAGAAGGACUUAAUAAAUAAACCAUUUGCCAAA